AAAAUUCCGAUGCAUUAUCGAAAAUGCUUGAAAACUUUUAAGUUCUAGUGAGAAGGAGCAUUGGCCCGUAGUUCGCGCCCAAUCUUUCAGCUUGGAGACAAAAAAACGCGUUGUUUUGCGGGGGAUCGAAAGCAUAUCGUCUGCUGCUGUCACCACCACAAUAAUCGACAGACUGUGGAAACCAACACAGCAAUAUGAUCCGCUUGAAGACUUUUUUCGUUUGUUUCUUGCAACUGUGUUGACUACGCUGAGAAAGCUGAGAUUCUUACUGUGCAGAAAAUAAUUCAGUCGUCAGUUUUGUGGGCUUUGAAGGAUGACGCACUGGAUUCCUACUCCGGAGAAGGAUCGCUUGGGUGUUGUAACAUAUAACUUUCAGCACGAUGGGACCUACUGUCUGAAAUUGGAAGUGGGUGACACAGUUCACAAUUUAUGCCAAGAUGAAUUUUGGUAUUUUGGGUACACCGUAAGGAAUCGAGCCCUGAAAGGCAUUUAUCCAAAGAGCUUCAUCCACAUCCAAGAGUCGUUCAUUGAAAAGACGGCCGUAGGUGAACAAGUGACGGCCUGUCAGUCUCCAGUCGUUCAGGAAGUCACGUCCGUGCUAAGAGAAUGGGGUCAGAUCGGCCAGGAGCUUUACCGGACACACGAUCACAAAUGGCGUGCCGUCUACUUACUUAUGAGAGACUUGAUGGCCAACCGGAGCAAGAUGCUCACUGGUACUUUGACGCUGGACGAAUUACGGGAGCUAAAGCAGUCCCUGACAUCGCAAAUCGACUUUGGCAACAAUUUACUGGGUCUGGACAUGGUGGUUCGCGACGAGCAUGGCAACGUCCUCAAUCCCGACGCGGCCUCGGUUGUCCAGCUCUACAGACAUCACGAACAAGCCUCGCAACGCAUCAAAAAGGCUGUGGCGUCCAGUAACAAUGUUAAUGGCAUUAGCAACACUGGUGGGAAUGGACUAAUUAAUCCCAUCAAAAUCAAAUUAGCCAACCGGCAUUCGCACAUGUUUUUCGUGGCUGUUCGAAACUUUGUUUGCCGAGUAGGCGAAGACACGGAGCUUUUGCUCUGCCUUUACGAUGCCAAAGAAUGGAAACCUUUAACAGAGAAUUACGUUCUCCGCUGGAGUCGAAUGGGUCUCUCUAUGGACCUUGAUUUGCUGGGCAACAUGCGCGUCCUUUACACAGAUCUCGGCAGCCGGGACCUAGCCCGUGAACGGAUCUAUCUCGUUUGUUAUGUCAUACGUGUUGGCAAUAUGGACAUUCGCCCUGAAGACCCUCGACGUCAGACAACAUCAGCAGCAUCGAUGGGAGGAUCGAGAAGGACAAUCAGUGGAAAUUUACCCAAUAACUCGGCAGCCCCCGAAUUCUUACGACGACCUUGCGGCAUUGCGUGCAUGGACGUGACAGAUUACCUGAGUGGCCGGCUGGAAACGGACGAAGAGAAACAACAUUUCGUACCUUUUAUUUCUUGCAGCGAUAAGGAUUCGCUGGACGGCACGCUUCGGCGAUUGAUCGUCUCGGGCCGGGAGGUCGGCCACAAGGAGCACAAAAAUCAAGGCCUCUGGGUCAGUCUCCGUCUGCUUCACGGAGAUAUGAAGCAAGUCAGCGAGGAACACCCGGCUUUGGUUCAAGUGGCCCAGGUGGCCGUUAGUCGCAAAUUGGGUUUCCCCGAAAUCAUUUUACCCGGAGAUGUCCGUCACGAUCUUUAUUUGACAUUGUCCUCGGGCGAAUUUAGCCGAGGAUCCAAAUCGGCAGAUAAGAACGUCGAGGUGACAGUCCGCGUGUGCAAUGAGAAGGGCAAACCUAUUCCAGGAGUGAUGCAUUUAGGUAGCGGCGUCGUGGCGCAGGACGAGUACAGGAGCGUCGUCUACUAUCACGAAGACAAACCGCGCUGGAACGAAACAUUCAAGAUCGCCAUUCCAAUCGAUGAGUUUUACCGAAGUCAUCUCAAGUUCACCUUCAAACAUCGGUCCAGUAACGAGGCAAAAGACCGGACAGAAAAACCGUUUGCCCUUUCGUACGUUAAAUUGAUGCAGGAUAAUGGAACGACGCUGAUGGACACUCAACACGAGUUGCUCGUCUACAAAGUCGAUCAUCGUAAAUUGGACGAAAAUGAAACGGCCUACUUGGGUCUGCCAUCCACCCGGGCUGAUAUAGCGGACUGUGGAUCCACCAAACCAUCAGCUGCUGGCCUGACCAUCAACAUGAAAGAUUCGCUGCUUAUCGGCACGUGUUUGUGUUCGACCAAGUUGACGCAAAAUGUCGAACUGUUGGGUCUGCUCAAAUACCAUUCGUCUCAAUCGCAACAGUUGCCGGCCAUCUUGAGUAGCCUGAUGAAGGUCGAUGGCGAAGAGGUGGUUAAAUUUCUGCAAGACGUCCUCGACGCUCUGUUCAACAUUUUGAUGCUCAAUUCCGAUUCCAACAUCUUUGAUCGUUCAGUUUUCGAUUGUCUAGUCUUCAUCAUUGGCCUUGUUACAGAUCGUAAAUAUGAGCAUUUCAAGCCAGUGCUUGAUGUCUACAUCAAAGAUAAUUUCAGUGCUACAUUGGCUUACAAGAAGCUUCUGGUCGUGCUGAAUGAUUGCGUCCAAUCGGACGUGACGACUAAAGGGCAAGGAGACGAUCUUCUGCGCGUCAUGAAAGCCCUGCAGUACCUGUUUAAGUUUAUAGUGCGAUCCCGUCAGCUCUAUGUAAAUCUACACGGCGAAGUCGAUGAAGCUGGGGACAGUGAUUUCGAGAGUCUUGUCCUCAAUUUACUGUCCACCAUGUCCGAUUUUAUGCGACGUAAUGACGGCCUAGUCCUUUUAGCUCAAGGCGCUUGUCUCAAAUAUAUUCCGUGCGCUAUCCCCGAUCUUGUGCUCGUCAUCGACGAGAAACAACUCAGUACGUCGUUGGCAGAUAUCGUGACGAGCGUUCCAGCCGGCCGACUUAAUAACCAAAAGAUGAUGACUUUGAACGAUAUGGUGCAUAGCCAGCUGUUUCUAAAACCAGAAUGCAGGGCUAUUAUUUUACCUGUCGUCGUAAAACGCGUCAAAGAGUUACUCACCGGUCCACAAGAGGGUGGCUGGGGCUGCUAUAAAGUGGAACUGCGCAACAUCGAGAAAUCCAAAAGUAAAGCGGCCCGGCUCCUUGGCGAGCAAGUCGAUCAGAACGCAUUGUCCCAAAAAGCCGUUGUUGCCGGAGAGACACGUGCACAAGAGGUCGAAAUGAGCGUGACGGUCAUGUGCGACGUGAUGCAAAUCCUGCACAGGAAAGACGUCGGUGCGACGCAUAACGACGUUGCCGAAGUGAUGGCCAAUGGAUUGCGCACGAUUAUACAGACCAUCAUCUCAAUUGACCGAGAAGAUCCGUUUGUCGGCCAUCUUGUCUCCGUCAUGCUGUCCAUCUUCCGGCAGAUGACGCCGCAUCACUACCGCAAUUACUUGGGACACUUUAAUACGCGAUCCGACUUGCUCGAUUUCCUCAUCGAGAUUCUCAUGGUCUUUAAGGACUUGGUCGCUAAGCAUGUCUACGCGCCAGACUGGGCCCAGAUGAUACUUUUGCAGAAUUCCAUUAUCCUCAAAGCUCUCCGCUUCUUCUCGCACACUAUCCGCGAUCGUUUCUCCAAUCCUUACGAAGGCCAGCUCUGGAACAAUUACUUUUUCUGCGCCAUUACGUACGUGUGUCAGCCGGCCCUGCAAAUGGAAUCGUUCAGCCAAACGAAAAAACGCCAGGUGAUGGCCAGGUACCGUGACAUGCGGCGUGAAAUGGGUUUCGAAAUUCGCACAAUGUGGUUCAAUCUUGGCCAGCACAAGAUCAAUUUCGUACCUGCAAUAGUGGGCCAAUUCCUCGAGAUGGCUCUGCUACCCGAGACGGAGUUGCGCAAAGCCACCAUCCCCAUCUUCUUUGACAUGAUGCAGUGCGAGUUUUACUCGCCCCGAGUGCAAGGCGAAGCCUACAGUGAUACCAAGCGUGAUUCAUCUCACAUCAAAGGAAACUUUCAAGACGUUGAAAACAAGUUGAUUACCCAGCUGGACGUCUUGGUCGAAGGCGGACGGGGAGACGAGCAUUACAAAGAUCUUUUCCAGUCUCUCAUGACGGAGCUGUGCGAGAAACACUCUACGAUGCGUGACCAGGGAUUGAAACUGGUCCGCACUGUGACGAGAUUAAUGGAGCGUCUCUUGGAGUAUCGCUCCAUCAUAACGGACGAGAACCGUGAGAACCGGAUGAGCUGCACCGUCAACCUGCUCAAUUUCUAUCAGGAAAUCGGUCGCAAAGAGAUGUACAUCCGAUACCUCAACAAACUCUGCGACUUGCAUCUGGAAUGCGACAAUUUCACAGAGGCGGCCUACACGCUUCAGUUGCACGCCCAGCUGUUGCGCUGGAGCGAAGAGCCUCUGCCGACUUUGCUGCUCACGUCGCGCCAUCCUCACACGACGUCCCAUCGUCAGCUGAAGGAAGCGCUUUACCUGGACAGCGUCGAUCUCUUCGACCGCGGCAAGAUGUGGGAAUGCGCCCUUUCCCUCUGCAAGGAGCUGGCCCGUCAGUACGAAGAGGAAACUUACGACUACGGUCGAUUGGCCGCCCUGCUCAACCGUAUGGCAAUGCUGUACGACCACAUCAUUCAUCAGCUGCGGCCGGAACCGGAAUACUUCCGAGUGGCUUUCUACGGCCGCGGAUUUCCGGCUUUUCUGCAGAACAAAAUCUUUGUCUUCCGUGGCAAAGAGUACGAGCGUCUCAGCGAUUUCGCCAAUCGCAUCAUGUUGCAGUUUCCCAACGCCGAGACGAUGAACCGGUUGACUCCGCCCGAUCAGGAGAUUAUGGACUCGCCUCAACAGUACCUCCAGAUGAACAAGGUCGAUCCGAUGCUCAGCGCCGAAGAUCAGGAGCGUUUCGGGAGCAAGCCGGUCAGCGAGCAGAUUUUGCGCUUUUACCGCGUCAACCGCGUCCAGCGAUUCAGUUUCUCUAGGCCGUUCCAUCGCGGUCAGCGCGAUUCUGACAACGCUUUCUCCUCCUUGUGGCUGGAACGGACCAUCCUGACCACAUCGCACCAAUUGCCGGGAAUUUUACGGUGGUUCCCGGUCGUCGAUUCGCACGUUUUCGAGCUGAGCCCGUUGCAGACGGCCAUUGAAACGAUGGAACAGGCCAACAAAUCGCUGACGGAAUUGAUCCUGGCCCAUCGGGCCGAUCCCAAAUUGGCGCUUCACCCUCUGAGCAUGAAACUCAACGGGAUCGUCGAUGCGGCCGUUAAUGGCGGCAUCAACAAUUACGAAAAAGCCUUUUUCACCGACCGAUAUUUGCUGGAACACCCGGAAGACGCGGAAUUAGUAUCCCAACUGCAGGAACUUUUCGCUCUGCAGAUUCCCUUGCUGGAAGCGGCCCUGGUUGUCCAUCGAUCGCGCGUUAAUUUGGCAAUGCAGCCGCUCCAGCAGCGGAUUGAAGUUUGUUUCCAACAGAUGCGAGUUCACGUCGAGAGCAAGUACGGACGUCGCGAUGUGGAUCCUCAAUUGGAGCGCCAGAUGGAACAGCUAACGCGCAACCAGCGACAAUCGACCCACAGCACCGGCGCUGGGUCCGCCGGCCCGUACGCUCUUCACAAUCGCUUGAGUGCCAACAGCACGGGAGACGCCAAUCACGCGGACACGGUUCAUCAUCUUUCCGCUCCAUUGACUUUGUCGACUUCCAAUUCGACGCCGACGUCUCGCUUGUCCACCCUCUCGGUCACGCUCAAUUCGUCCGGAGGCAACGCUGGGCCGGGCGCGUCGCAUAACACGCAAACAUCUCGACAUCCAUCCAGUUUGUUUUCACGCACUUCGUCGCAGGCCGUGUUGUCUUCGCUGAGCUUUUCGCUGCCCAGCGCUUCGUCCAACCCGUCGCCCAGCAGCAUUUCGCCCGUCAAGAUGUUGACCACUGGCCAUCGAUUCCGCUCCAAUAAGAACAGCGCGGAGAAAAAAUUAAGAGACAAGGAGAACAAACAGCACCGCGAUUCAUUCCGCCGCUUGAGUUCCAGUUCCAUGGGCGGCCGCGGAUCGCAUUUCCCUAGCUUAUCGCUGGCUGGAUUCGGAUUGGGUGGAAGCAGCACCAAUUCCCUUUCUGUUCCGUCCAGUCCGGCCGUCGCGGUGUCUCAUUCCAGCAACAGUGCAAGUAGCACCGCUUUAGGUUCAAGUGCCCAUUCGCUGGAUGCGUCUUCAUCUUCGGAGACGGUGAGCCAACUGACGUCGGCCGAAACGACGUCGCCGGUUGUCAUCGAAUUGACGCAACAGCUGACGGCCAAACGUCCACUCAGAUCCGAGGUGGCCAAGGAGAGACGUUCGUCUACCGUCAGAGGCCAUUCGUUUAACGGAGAUAAUCACGGCGUCUGUUCGUCUCCAUCGCAAAACAGCGUCGCGUCGACGAUGAGUUCGUCGUCCAACGAAGACGUCCCGCCGCCUUUACCAGCGAAACAAAUGCAAAGCAUGGGAGGAUGUGCUAGUAUGAGUGAUAUACCGCCGGAAAAACCGCCGCUACCCGCCGCCAGUUUGCCCGAGAUCAAGGAAGGAGGAGCUCCACCACCUCCACCCAAAAAACCAGCACGUCCUUUACCUCCCAUGUAGUUGACAAUGCGUUCAGCGGAAGAAAACAAAGUUAGUGCAAACAUACACACAAAACGUAAACAAACGACCACAGUUUGUUUAUUUUUUUUCUCUUUUAUAUUUUUAAAAACAACUUUACGUCUUUAAGGUUUUUCAUGUUGCUCCAAUUUUAAGUUUCCUUUGACUGUGGAUCGUUUGGCCACGAUCAUUAUUCGUCUAUAUAUUUUCGUCUUCCUUUGUUUGUUUAUGUGCGACUCUCCAUUUUUUUCACGUUUCUUAUUGCCGUUUUGUGCCUCUCUCGUCUCUUGACUAGAAUACCCCACCCACUUAUUCGCGCGCGUUUGGAAAAAGAACUCGUUUUCCAAUUUGUUUCCCUAUCGUCGUUCAUGAAUCGAAAUCGGCCUGUUUUUUACACAAGACCACAACAAAAAAUGAAGCACACAUACAACUAGUCGUGAAUAUUGCUGAAAACACAAACAAAAAAUAGUGAGUGAUCGUAAUUGAUGUGCCUUGAACAGUUGAAUACAAUAAUCAUAGACA